AUGGAAAGGUCUACAGCUGUUGUACUGAGUAUUAUUCUCUGCGAUGCAGUAAAGGAAUUCAAGAUUUUAGCUGGUAUUGUUGAUAUUAUGCGUAAAAAGAAAUGGAAAACUAAUGUAGAACAUUCAGAAGCUGAAGAAUUUGUUAUUUCACAAAUGAAUAAAAUUCUGAAGAAAUAUUCCUAUAAAUACAAUGUCAGUUUAAAGGAUAUACAAGUUGAUGUUCUCAAAGAAAUACAGAAAAGCUCUGGAACAACUGGAUAUCCAUCAACUGCAACGAUUAUUGAAGACUCAUUUUCAUCGAUAAAAUACACAGAAAAGUUAUUAAAAGAAAUUUUUUAUCUAAUUGAUGUUCUCGAGAAAUUAGGUCAGGAAAUAAAAGACACAGGAAAAUGCGAAACAUUACAACAGUCAUUGGACAAAGAAGAGUCAGAAUUCAAAGAAAUAGAACGUAUACUAGCAAGAGAACAAAAAGCGCGUGAGAAAAUCAAAGAAAUAAAGAAGAAAAUUGAAGAAAAAAAUGAAGAAGGCAUAAAGAUAAUUGAACAAGGCAAAGAAUCUAUUGCACAUUUAAAAGAUCAAGUUCAAGAAAUGAAAGCUAAAAUAAUUAUGGAAGAAAAAUAUAUAACACGUUACUCCACUGUAAAAUUAGAAGAAUUUCAAAGUCAAUGUGAUGAAAAAGAAAAUGAAAUAAAACAUCAAAUUGAAAUUAUUCAAACUAAUCACAGUAAAGAAGAAAGAGUUCAUGCUGAGGUCACUUCGUAUUUAAAUGAACGUAUAUCUUAUUUAAAGAAUCAUGAAGUAUUUUGGCAAGAGAAAGUUGAAAAAAAUAUUGGACAACUAAAACAAGAGUUGUAUCGACUUAAAGACAGUAAAGAAAAAAAUCUGAAUAAACUGAAUGAAUUAUCUGUAUUGUAUAAGGAAUACGAGGCUGUGAUUCUUUCUGAUCGUAUUGAAAAAGAGAAGAUUCGUCAACAAGAAGAACAAGUUGAAUUAGAACUUCAAGCAGCUUGCAAAAUUCAAAAUUGGUGGCGUACUGUGUGUGUUCAACACAGCCUUGGACCAUAUCAGAUUAGACAUAAAAAUUAUAGUGAGAGGUAUGAUGCCUUAGAACUAAUGGUAAUUUUAUGGAGUAAAUUGGUGCGCAAGCUAUUUUCCUACUCAGUUGCACUUAUAUAA